AUGGUGAAGCCAAAGAAAAUAUGGAUUCCCAAAAAUGGUAUGGCAGGUCUCAUAGCUCACACCUCCCUCAGAGAAUCUGCUAGAGAGGACGAGUACUUUGAUAGUGGUUGCUCUAGAAAAAUGACUGGUGUCAAGAAAUUUUUGAUGAAUAUUAAGUCUUAUUCCACUAGCUAUGUCACCUUUGGAGAUGGAUCAAAAGGAGAAAUAAAGGGGAUUGGUAUGUUGGCCUAUCUAGGAUUGCAUAGUCUAGAUGAUGUCCUAUUUGUUAAAGGACUAACUGCUAAUCUUAUAAGUAUUAUCCAACUAUGUGACCAAGGUAUCAAGGUAAACUUCAAUAAAUACGAAUGUAUAGUAACAAAUGAGAAGGAUGAAGCUAUCAUAAAGGGAGCCAGAUCAAAAGAUAAAUUCUAUUUGUGGACUCCUCAAGAAACCGAUUGUUUUUCCUCUUGCCUAAUGUCAAAAGAAGAAGAAACUAAUAUAUGGCAUCAAAAGCUUGGUCACUUACAUAUGAAAGGUAUGAAGAAGGUAAUGUCAAAGGAAGCAUUAAGAGGAAUUCCCAAAUUGAAAAUUCAUGAAGGAAGAAUUUGUGGUGAAUGUAAAGUUGGGAAACAAACAAAGAUGUCCCGCAAGAAGCUUCAACAUCUGACCACCUCAAAAAUUAUGGAGCUACUUCAUAUGGACUUGAUGGGACUCGUGCGAGUUGGAAGCCUAAGAGGAAAAAGAGAGAAGGAUUGUGGCAUUAUCAGGAUUAGAAGUGACCAUGGGAAGGAAUUUGAGAACAACAAGUUUGAGGAAUUUUUCACCUCUGAAGGAAUUAGUCAUGAGUUCUAUUCACCCAUCACCCCACAACAGAGUGGUGUGGUUGAGCGUAAAAAUAGAACCAUUCAAGAAUGUGCUAGAGUCAUGCUUCAUGCUAAGAAACUCCCAUAUCAUUUUUGGGAUGAAGUCAUGAACACUGCCUGUUAUAUUCUUAAUAGAGUAACUAUCAGAUCUGGGACUUCUGCCACAUUGUAUGAACUAUGGAAAAGAAGAAAGCCAGCUGUGAAAUACUUCCAUGUCUUUGGAAUGCAGGACUUAACUAACGAAGCGGAUGUCACAGAUGAUGUUGAAACAUCAACGGAUGAUGUCCCAGAAGAUGUUGCAGACACAAAUACUAAUACUAAAACUACAAAGAAUGAUUCAACUGAGCAAGGACCCUCCGUUAGAAUUCAGAAAGAUCAUCCUAAGGAGCUUAUUAUAGGAAAUCCAAAUGAAGGAAUUAUCACCAAAUCAAGGGAAGUUGUGUCAAAUGCCUGUUUUGUCUCUAAAUUUGAACCUAAGAAUAUCAAGGAAGCUUUGACUGAUGAGUUAUGGAUUAGUGCUAUGCAAGAUAAACUUGGUCAAUCCAAAAGAAAUAAGGUGUGGGAUUUGGUUCCAAGACCUGUAGGAACAAUGGGUCGUCGCCAGAAACAAAUUGCUCGCUUGGAGUCUAUCGGAUUGUUACUUGGAAUGGCAUGUCUUUUAAAGUUCAAAUUGUUCCAAAUGGAUGUUAAACGUGCCUUCCUAAAUGGCUAUUUAAAUGAAGAUGUGUAUGUUGAACAACCAAAAGGAUUUAUUGAUCCUACAUUCCCAAAUCAUAUUUACAAAUUAAAGAAGGCACUAUAUGGUUUAAAACAAGCCCCAAGAGCUUGGUAUGAAAGGAUGACUGAGCUUCUCAUCAAUCAUGGAUAUAGAAAGGGUGGAAUUGAUAAAACCCUCUUUGUCAAAGAAAAGGAUGGAAAACUUAUGAUAGCUCAGACCUAUAUGGAUGACGUUGUGUUUGGAGGGAUGUCUCAUGAGAUGGUCCAACAUUUUGUCAAACAAAUGCAAUCUGAGUUUGAAAUGAGUUUGGUAGGAGAAUUAACAUACUUCCUUGGGCUCCAAGUCAAACAAAUGGAAGACUCCGUCUUUCUGUGUCAAAGCAAAUAUGCUAGGAGUAUUGUGAAGAAAUUUGGAUUGGAGAGUGAGAGUCACAAAAGAACUCCUGCACCUACCCACUUAAAGUUAUCUAAAGAUGAAAAGGGCUUAAGUGUUAACCAGAGCUUAUAUAGAAGUAUGAUUGGCAACCUUCUAUACCUGAUAGCAAACAGACUAGAUAUAACUUUUGUUGUUGGUGUGUGUGCUAGAUAUCAAGUUGAACCCAAAGUAAGUCACAUCAAUCAAGUAAAGAGGAUUCUAAAUUAUGUGAAUGCCAUAAAUGAGUAUGGAAUGUUGUACUCUCAUGAUUCAAACUCUAUGUUAGUUGGAUAUUGUGAUGUUUAUUGGGAUGGUAUUGCUGAUGAUAGGAAAAUUACCUUUGGGGGAUAUAAGAAUACUAUUGGAGAAGAAUCUAGGCUUAAAGGGUAUGAACUUAGAAACCCUAGCAUGCAUGCUGACGACUCUGUAAAUCCCACGGCAGCAGAAAGAAGUGCAACUGAUAAGGAACUUAGGAAGUUUGUUGCAUCUAUUUUGAAGGAAGUAAACUCUGAUGUUUUUCCAGAUGUUCAAACAUCUUUGGAAAAAGAUUCAUGCCCUGACAAUGACUUAAGGGAAAAGGCUGAGGAAAAUGUUCCUGAUCAUGCUGCUCAUGAGAGAAGAAGUAAGAAGAAAGUUGAGCUUGUUGUCAAUGUUGAAGAACUUACCUCUGAUGAAGAACCCCUUACAAACAUUGUUACUCCAAGUAACAUGGAUAAGUUGCAGAUGUUCUUUGAUCUAGCCAAUGCUCAAGGCAUCAAGACUGCUUCUACUUGCCUGGUUGUAAUUCCUCCUCCUAUGAUCUCUACAAUUACCUUGGUUAUCAUAGCUGCUCCCGAGGUUGAUCAGCUUACCAAUGUUGUUAUCACUUUAUCAGUGGAAGACCUGCGAUUGUCUCUUGGUCGAGUAAAGAGGGAUCGAGAUGAAGCCUAG